AUGCCUCGAUCGAGCAGUCAGACAAAACCAUUAGUAGCAAAAAAUUAUUGUAAUCGUCGUACAGCUCGUUAUGCUAUUAUGAUUAUUCUUAUUCUUUCAAUAUUUAUUAACUUUCCAUUAUUUCUCUAUACAAGUAUAAAUGUUUAUUGUACAAAUAAUGGUAAAAUAAAAUAUUAUGGUCUUGAAUUAUCAUCAAUAUUACAUACAAGAUUUUUUUCACGUUUAUUUUAUCCAACAAUGGUUAUUAUAUCUUUACUUAUUCCAUGGUUAAUAUGUUUUCUUAUAUGGUUAUUUUUAAUUCGUGCAUUACAUACAGCACAAAUACAAUUAACAACAAAAACAAUGAAUACAACAUUUACAAAUGAUCGUAAACAAGAUACAUAUUUUCGUAUAACAUUAAUGAUUGUUUGUGUUUUAUCUGUUUAUAUGGUAUGUCGUAGUGUACAUUUAUUUGAAGUUAUACAUUUAUUAAUAACACAAUUAUUUAAUUUUCAACAACAAAUUUAUUUUGAACAAAUACGUAUAAAAUUAUUUUGUAUAUCAAAUAUAAUGUUAACUAUAAAUCAUGGUGCAAAUUUUUAUAUUUAUUCAAUAAAUCCAAAAUUUCGUUUAACACUUAAAUUAUAUUUAACAUAUUAUUUUCGUCGUUGUCGAAUAAAACGUCGACGAGCAUUUACAUUAUUUCAUUUAAGAAGAAAAAAUACAAAUGAUAGUUUAGAUGGUUUAAGUGUACUGAAUGACUUUCAUCGUUCAUUGAUGUUAACAUCAGCAAAUGGAAUGACACCUAGAAAUGACAAUAAUCGUAAUAAUAAUAAUGAACUUCUUUGUCUAAAAAGUAUGCGAAAACCACAGAAAUAUCUUAAUCAAUUUGUUGAUCCAAAUUCCAAUAAUGAAAAUUCAGAAAGAAGUUAUGUUUGGAGAGAAAUUGAACAAAAAUUAAAACAUUCUCAUCGAUAUUAUUAUCAAUGA